CAAAACACCCGAGAGAGUCCACGCGCGCUCGUACAAAUCCCCCAUCCCCUCCUCGCCGCUCGCGCCACGCCGCGGCCUGUACAAAAGGCGCCGCCAGUAUCGUCUCGUCCCCCCACGCGCGCGCGCGCGCGUGCACAACGAUCGACUUCGAACGCCGCGCCGCGGCCGCACCGAUCGAUCGAUGGCGCCGGCAUCGACGACGGCGACGGCGACGUCUGCCGCGGCGGCCGCCAGAGCCAUCUGCGUGCUGCUGCUGCUGCUGGUAGCGGUCGUCGUGGUGGCGGGGCAGGCGCCAGAGCCGGAGGGCGACGAUCAGGCCGCGGCGAUCGACCAGGCGGGUGGCGGCGGCGGCGGCGGCGGCAACAACAACGGCACGGCCGGCCGCGCGAGAGGCGGCGGCGGCAACAACAACGGCACCGGGCGCGCGAGGGACGGCGGCGGCGACCGCGACCGUGGCGCAGACGGAGGCGGAGGCGGGCGGAGCAAGCUGGCGAGCAGCAUCGACUGCCAGAUCUGCGAGGCGACGUGCCGGGUGAAGUGCCUCGUCAACAGCCUCUUCCAGUGGGGCGGAUGCUACCAGCGCUGCAGGUCCGACAACUGCAACGACUGGUGCACCAGAGGCUAACGUAACCUAGCUGAUGAACGGAUCCAUCCUUCGGAUCGGACGGCUUGCGAUCGUUUAGCCCUCGAUCUGACGGUUACAGCUGCAGUACUAAUUUUUUUGGACAAAGAUGAUGGUAUAUACCAGCUUGUUUUUUUUUUCAAAAGAUAGAAAAUGGUAUUACUUAUGUGCUCAGGAUAGAUCCAGCAUGGGUGUGCCAGAGGGACUUGAGUCCUCCGUGCCCACUAGAUCAUCAUUGAUAAAAGGAGAGAGAGUCGAAAGAAAAAGAGAGAUAGGAGGAAGAGUAGGGGUUGAAGGAGGAGAUGAAUUUCCUCUCUAGUUUUAUUCUAGAUUCGCCCCUGAUACUCAUAAUGUUGGAAUUAAUGAAUGGGCCUUAGCCCACUAGAAGAUUAAUUCUUUGGAAAUCACAAAA